AUCAUAGCCUUUAAUUCUAAAUCCCCUGUUCUUGGAUAGUGGUAAUUCUGUCACCGGAUUUUUCCACCUGGGAAUUUGAUUUUCCUGUUGCUGUUCUAUGGGGUCGACGGAGAGGUCAAAGAAGAAAGUUCAGUUAUGGAAGAAAGCUGUCGUCCACUUCUCUUUGUGUUUUGUCAUGGGGUUUUUCACCGGAUUUGCUCCGACUGAUAAAGCUUCAAUCUUUUCCGGCAACCCUGUUUUUCCCACUUCGAAUAAAUCACAGUUUUCGCCACAACCUGUGGAGGUCUUGCACAGGGAAGAAACGUCUUCGCAUUCUGGUAAUGUUAACAGAACAUUGAUGGCUGAAACUCCGGUGGCAGCUCCGGCGAGGUCCAAGGAAUUAGAAGGAGCAAAACAGUUGGGAAGAGAAGAAGAAUUCAAUAUCACAACUAGAAGACUCGUAAUAAUAGUUACACCGACUAGUCCCAAAGGCCGGUUUCAGGGGGUGUUCUUGAGGAAAUUGGCGAACACCAUAAGGCUGGUUCCUCCGCCGCUAUUAUGGGUGGUUGUGGAACGGCAAUCGGAAUCAAAGGAACUGUCAGAAAUCCUGAGGAAAACCGGUGUUAUGUACAGGCAUUUGGUGUUCAAGGAGAAUUUCACAGACCCAGAAGCAGAGUUGAAUCAUCAAAGGAAUGUAGCGCUUAAGCACAUUGAGCACCACCGGCUGAGUGGAAUUGUUCAUUUCGCCGGACUUUCCAAUGUCUAUGAUCUUGACUUCUUCAACCACCUUAGAGAAAUUGAGUUGUUUGGAACAUGGCCUGUGGCACUAGUGUCAGCAAAUGAGAAGAAUGUUAUAAUAGAAGGGCCGGUAUGUGAUUCGUCAGAAGUUAUUGGAUGGCAUUUGAGGGGUGAAAAUAGUGAGGAACAUGCAGAAUCAGAGGCAGACAAAAAGGUUCCAAUUCAAAUCUCCAGUUUUGCAUUCAAUAGUUCCAUCCUUUGGGACCCAGAGAGAUGGGGUAGGCCUACCUCCUCUGUUCAAGAAACCUCUCAGAAUUCACUCAAAUUUGUUAAACAAGUGGUUCUGGAAGACGAGACAAAGUUGAAUGGAAUCCCUCCUGAGGACUGCUCUAAGAUAAUGCUAUGGCGACUUCAGUUUCCGGCCGGAGCAGCGGCAGCUGAGGAUCAUCUUCACAAAAUUUCACCGGGCAAUACUCAGAGAUAAAGAAGGAAGACUAUGAUAACAUGUAAUUUUUUUUUUCUCCAUUUAUAAUUUGAUUUUUUUUAAAAAAAAUGUUAUAAAUCUGUAAAGGGUUU